CCCAAAGGGCCUAUAUAAAUAAACUACGGAAAGAAUACUGAACAAAACAGCAAAACAACUUUCUACUUCCGGUGCCUCCGUCCUCGCGUUUCCCGAGACCAGAGAAGUUCGCGUGUUCUCGCGAGAAGCAGGAAAGGGCGCAGGGUUUGAAAGAUGGCGGACGACGUGGACCAGCAACAAACCACCAACACUGUAGAGGAGCCACUGGAUCUCAUCAGACUCAGCCUGGAUGAGCGAAUCUAUGUGAAAAUGAGAAAUGACCGAGAGCUUCGAGGCAGAUUACAUGCUUAUGAUCAGCAUUUAAAUAUGAUACUGGGAGAUGUGGAAGAAACUGUGACUACUAUAGAAAUUGAUGAAGAGACAUAUGAAGAGAUAUACAAAUCAACAAAACGGAAUAUCCCGAUGCUCUUUGUCCGGGGAGAUGGUGUUGUGCUGGUUGCCCCUCCACUAAGAGUUGGCUGAAAUGGAGAAUCUGUUCUGUGUGGAAACAGUUGCCUCUUUAACUACACAAGACAUUCAGAGGACAAGGCUACACACACACUGCUACUGAGAAAUAGCCAGAGGAUUUGUUCACCCCCGAAAUGAGUUGAUUUGCAAAUACCUUACAACAUUUGUUUUUGUUUUUGUUUUUUUGGUACCGGGGAUUGAACUCAGGACCUUGUACUUUCGAGGCAGGCGCUAGAACUACUGAGCUAAAUCCCCAGCCCUUUUUUGUUUUUGUUUUACCUUACAACAUUUGAAGCUAAGUAGCAUUUUUGUUUUUCUUUUAGCCUUCCACUAAACAUGUUCACCAAGGUGCUGGACUCUUUUCCAGGAGUUGAUUUGCUCUUUACAUUAAACUCGAUGUUUCCUUUUUAAUUUAA